UGAAUGCAUGAAAGGAUGGAGGCACUGGGCAUACUACUGUUCAAGCUGUGCUUCAUGGAUACUCCAUUUGGUGACAACCCUCUAGCCAUGCUAAAAGGUGUCCUCAUAAAUAGAACACAAAUAGAAGAUUGGAUUAUUGAAAAGGCGAGACACAGACAUACACAUGACUCGUCACUACCACCAUUCGUGUUUCCCUAUGAUCUCGGUUACAAGAGGAACUUAUCUCAAGUCAUUAAUUGGUCUGGGCGUAGUCAGGGCAAUGGCCUCGAGUGGCAAGUGGCCGAAGGAUGUUUAGAAUUUUCACUGACUGUUGAACAAUUAGAACAGAAGAAACUCAAGCGAAAGCAAGCAGUGACUUGCCGAAUUAAACAAGAUUAUUCUGGUUCUAGUUGCCCUUUAAACUUUGGACUCUUGCUGUGUCUGUGUACCCCACGCUUUGAACCAAAGAUCAAGGUUCAAGAGGGUGAUGUGUUCAGUGUCACGCGAUGGGGUCGGUACUGGGUCUAUGGUGACAAGACGCUAUCAGAAGCUCUGUCUGAGAAAGGUGUGGUGGUGCGUGGAUGGUUCCCUCGUUCCUGCGUGGUUGCCAUAGAUACCAGUGAUGACUCAGAGGAGGUCACUUCAGAUGACCCGGGGUCAGAGGUCAAAUCAAAAGUCGUCAAGAGGAGAAAAGAACAAUCGAAACAAUGAACUGUAGAACAAUAAUUAUAGCUGAUGAUGUUAAACAAUGGAAAAUAUGG